AAAACAUAAUUACCGACUUCAGGUUGAACUAAUUUGAGGUUAAAUUUUUACCGAAGAGUGUAAAUAAAACUAAUUGCUGAAAAAAUUAAUUGAAAUGAUUGUUUUAAACAAGUAUUAUUUUCAUCUAAAAAUAAAAACAAUGUUUGUAGGGUCCUUUCGUCAUUUUUCAGGACUCAAUUUAUGGGAAGAAGAAAUUUCUCCCGAGAUAAAACAUAAAAUAGAGCAACACUGGAAGGAAAAAUUAAAAUCAAACUUAUUUGAUGAAAAUAGUAUAAAUAAAGAAAAAUAUUAUGUAUUGCCAAUGUUUCCAUAUCCCUCAGGUGCGUUGCAUAUGGGACAUGUACGAGUUUAUACAAUAAGUGAUACUAUAGCAAGGUACCAAAGAAUGAAUGGUAAAAAUGUACUUCAUCCUAUUGGUUGGGAUGCAUUUGGUUUACCAGCAGAGAAUGCAGCUAUAGACCGUAAUAUAGCUCCAGAUGCUUGGACACGACAAAAUAUUGAAUACAUGCAGAAGCAACUUGAAAAGUUAAAUUGUAGUUUUGAUUGGGAUAGAGAAUUCAAGACUUGCGAUCCUCAAUAUUAUAAAUGGACCCAGGAAUUAUUUUUAAAAUUAUUUGAUGAAGGCUUGGUGUAUCAAAAAGAAGCAUUAGUUAACUGGGAUCCAAUUGAUCAAACUGUGUUAGCUGAUGAACAAGUAGAUGAAAAUGGCAAUUCUUGGCGUUCGGGUGCCAAAGUAGAAAAGAAAAUUUUGAAACAAUGGUAUAUAAGAACAACUGUUUUUGCCAAGAGCCUUUUAGAAGGUUUAAGUGAUCCUAUUUUACAAGACUGGAGGGACAUAAUAAAAUUACAAAAACAUUGGAUAGGUGAAUGUAAUGGUAUUAAUUUUGAUUUUAAAAUAGUAGGAAAUGACAAGGAUGUCUUAACAUUUUGGACAUCUUUACCUGAAUAUGUUAAAAAUGUUAAGUUCGUGGCUGUGACCAGUGACAAUAUCUUAGCUAGGAAAGAAAAUAUUACAUUAAAUAGUGAACAGAUGAGUGUGGAGUUAAAGACUCGUUUGAUAAAUCCGUUUACUUUGGAAAGAAUUCCCGUGUUUGUUACCAAUGAAAUUGAGUUCCUGCCUUUUACAGAUUCAUAUUUAGGAAUCCCAGGCGUCUGCAAAGAGUCAACGGAUUUUUCCAAAAAACACAAUCUGUCAUAUAAUAAUAUAGAAAUAUUAAAAGAUACAGAAGCUAUUCAAGAAAGAGGAAAAAUCAUUGAACAAGCUAAAAAGUUGAAAGCUGGUGGAUAUUGGACAAGUGCAAAAUUAAGAGAUUGGUUAAUCUCUAGACAAAGAUACUGGGGUACACCAAUACCUAUGAUCCAUUGCAAAAAAUGUGGCACACAAUCAGUACCCAGAAGACAGCUACCGGUAAUACUACCAAGUGUAACCAAAGAUUCCCAAAAGUUAGGCUCCCAUCUAGCAGAGUUAUCCCAUUGGCUCAAUACUACUUGUCCUAAAUGUGGAGGGGUAGCUCAACGUGAGACAGACACUAUGGACACAUUUGUAGAUAGUGCUUGGUAUUUUUUAAGAUUUGCUGAUCCUAAAAAUGAAAAAGAAAUGUUUUCUAAAGAAAAAGUUAACAAAAUAAGCCCAGUUGAUCUAUAUAUUGGUGGAAAGGAACAUGCUGUGUUACAUAUGUAUUAUGCAAGAUUUAUUAUGCAUUUUUUACACAGUUUAAAUUUAGUACCAGAACGGGAACCAUUUAAAAGAUUACUAGUGCAAGGUAUGGUAAUGGGAAAAAGUUACAGAGUCAAAGGAAGCGGGAAGUAUGUUCCAGAAUCAGAAGUUAAAAUUAUAGAUGAAAAGAAAUACAAAGCUGUUACUAAAAAUACAAAUGAGCCCGUUGUGAUUAGCUGGGAAAAAAUGAGCAAAUCGAAAUAUAAUGGCGUUGAUCCUGAAGAUAUGUUUACAGAAUACGGUACCGAUACCACAAGAUUACUUAUUUUAGCUAAUGUAGCACCUACAAGUCAUCGAAACUGGAACCAUAAUACUUUUCCUGGAAUAUUAAACUGGCAGAAAAGACUUUGGUUAACAAUAGGAGAAUUUUUGAAGCAUAGAAAUAAUGUACCACCAUUACUAUCAGAAAAUCAAAUGAAAACUCACGAUGAUUACAUGUUUGAUGCAAGAAAUUUUUUUGUGAAAAGUGUGUCAUAUAAUUAUUUGAUUACUCAACAGAUCAGUGUGGCUAUUUCUAAGCAACAAGGAUUAACCAACAGUCUUAGGAAAGUACCAGCAUCAGUUAUAGCUCAUAGUAAACAAUUCGAGAGAGCAUUAGCAGCGCAGAUUAUCAUGUUGGCACCGAUGGCUCCUUGCUUCGCUUCUGAAUUAUGGAGCGGAUUUAUUGCAGCACCUAACCGAUUAAAUGAUUCGGAGGAAAUAUUUUGGAAUAAAACCGUUUUAGAACAAAGUUGGCCACAAACUGACAUGGACUAUAAGUUAGAUCUAUUGUGUCAGGUGAACGGACAUGAAAAUGCAAGUAUUAAAAUAACUAGACGAGAUUUGGAAAAUUUGUCAAAAGAAGAAGCUUUGAAAAUGGCUUUAGAACAAAAAGAAGUCCAAUCAACGUUGACAAGAAGAAAUAUUUUAGAUGUAAAGUAUACUGUUGACAGUGGAUUCGAUGGUAUUCUUAAUAUUAUAACAGACCAACCACCGCCAAAGACUAAACAACAAAUAGUAGAAGAAAUUAGGACAAGUUGAAGUACAAUUUGCAUAUAGAGAAUAGGCAUUUUAAUACAGAUUGGGUCAGUAACUGAAAAGUGAAAUUAGUUUAAUAUCAAAAAUGAGAAAAUAGUUGAGAUGUCACCAUUAUUUAGAAAGUUUUUUCCUUGAAAUUUUUGCACAAUUUUACGAAAUAUUUUUGUUGUCAAUUCAAUUUAUUUUGUUUGAGAUAUAUAAAAGACUAAAAUUUAUUAAAAAGAAAAAAUAGCAAAAGAAAUAGUUUAUAAUCACAAUUAAAAAGAAAUCAAAUUUUGAUUUUAAAACAGAAGAUUUGGACCAAGCCUGUAGAGUUUCAAUGAUAAGAAUCAAAUCAUUUCUAGCUAUUUUUACAACAUAUGCUAGCCUAGAUAUUUAACAACUUUCAAAAUAAAUAAACAUAUAUUUGUAUACAGAAAAAA